UUGGAACGACGGCAGGCGGAGGAAGAGAGCUGCAGGUGUUCCACGGUCAUAAUUAAACGAAAACAAGCUCGCGCCCAUGUGGAGAGAGGUGAACGCUGCACUUCAAAUCACACAUCAGUGUUCCGACAUUUUGACUAUUUAAAAGCCCUGUCACCCAAGAUGAACACCAGCGGUCCAACGUAUCCCCUCGCCUCUCUGUAUGUAGGCGACCUGCAUCCAGAUGUUACAGAGGCCAUGCUCUACCAGAAGUUUUCUCCUGCAGGACCCAUCAUGUCAAUCCGUGUGUGUCGUGACAUCAUCACCCGAAGAUCUCUGGGAUAUGCCUACAUAAACUUCCAGCAACCAGCUGAUGCGGAGUGCGCCCUGGACACAAUGAACUACGAUGUUAUCAAGGGCAGGCCUAUCAGAAUAAUGUGGUCUCAGCGUGACCCGGGACUCAGGAAGUCUGGUGUGGGAAACAUCUUCAUCAAGAACAUGGAUGAGUCUAUUGACAACAAGGCGCUGUAUGAUACCUUCUCUGCCUUUGGCAAUAUUUUGUCCUGCAAGGUUGUUUGUGACGAGAAAGGAUCCAAAGGCUAUGGAUUUGUUCACUUUGAGACUCACGAGGCUGCAAACCGGGCCAUCACCACCAUGAAUGGGAUGCUGCUGAAUGAUAGGAAAGUUGGAAAGACAGGUAAACAAUUGGAAUCUGGCAUUGUCAACCCAAUGGCCCAUUUGCUGGGGAGAACAUUUCAGUUGUCCCUGCUUAGUUUCGUUGGCCACUUUAAGUCCCGCAAGGAAAGAGAGGUGGAGUUUGGCACCAAAGCUCUGAAGUUCACCAACGUUUACGUCAAAAACUUCGGUGAAGACUACACUGAUGAGAAACUGAAGGAACUCUUUUCUGCAUUUGGGAGGACUCUCAGUGUGCGGGUGAUGAAGGAUGAGAGGGGCCGUUCACGGGGAUUUGGCUUUGUAAACUACGCUAACCAUGAGGAUGCUCAGAAGGCAGUCAAUGAAAUGAAUGGGAAGGAGAUCAAUGGGAAGAUCAUCUACGCCGGUCGGGCUCAGAAGCGGCUGGAGCGCCAGGGAGAGCUCAAGCGCAAGUUUGACCAGAUCAAACAGGACCGCAUCCAGCGCUAUCAGGGCGUGAAUCUGUAUGUGAAGAACUUGGACGAUAGCAUAGAUGAUGAGAGACUCCGGAAGGAGUUUGCCCCCUACGGCACCAUCACCAGUGCCAAGGUCAUGACAGAUGGCUCCCAAAGCAAGGGCUUUGGCUUUGUUUGCUUCUCUUCACCGGAGGAAGCGACAAAAGCAGUGACUGAAAUGAACGGGAGAAUUGUUGCGACCAAGCCGCUGUACGUGGCUCUGGCUCAGCGGAGGGAGGAACGUAAAGCAAUCCUGACCAAUAAAUACAUGCAGAGACUUGCUACCUUGAGGACCAUGACGAGUCCGAUCAUUGACUCGUACCAGCAGGCUGGAUACUACAUGACUGUACCACAGCCUCCCACUCGCUCCUUCUACAACCACAAUGCUGUCAGCAACAUGAGACCAGUGCCUCGCUGGACAGGACAACCACCAAGACUACAGGGUCCCUACUCAACCCAGUUUGUCGGUACCGCCGUUCCUCGACGUGGAUCAGCCCCCAUCGCUACAGUCAGACAGGCCUCCACCCAGGCUCCACGCGUCAUAAGCUCCUCACAAAAGACAAAUAACAUUGGCACCCAGACUGUAGGAGGGCGUACUGACGUGCCUGGUAUGACCAGAGGCGGCCAGUACAAGUACUCGUCUGCAGUGAGAAAUGUCCAGCAGGUGAUCACGGCACCUGCACCCAUGCCAAGACUACAGGCUGUUCCUGCACCCCUGAUGGAGCCACCAGUGCACAUUCAAGGCCACGAGCCGCUCACCGCCUCCAUGUUGGCUGCAGCUCCACUCAUGGAUCAGAAGCAGCUUCUCGGGGAGCGAUUGUACCCAGUGAUUCAUGCCCUUCACCCAAACCUGGCUGGAAAAAUCACUGGCAUGCUGCUGGAGAUCGACAACUCGGAGCUGCUGCACAUGCUGGAGACGCCAGAGUCCCUGCACUCUAAGGUGGACGAGGCGAUCGCUGUCCUGCAGGCUCACCAAGCGAAGGAAUGCUCUCCUAAGAAGUGAAGAGCCCUUUCAGAUGUCAACGACUUUCUGGAGGAGGGAAAAAUAGUAAUAAAAAGAGUAAAAUUUUGAAAAAAAAAAAAAGAGAAAAAAAAGAAAAGAGAAAAAUGUAAAUUGACAGUAAAGAGAUUUGUAAAGUUAAAGAUAUUUUGUUGUUGCAAUACCUUUUGUUAGAAGAUAAAGUUCACAGUAUAUGCAUGAAA